AUGAAGUUCACUCUUGUUGCCGCCUUCGCCUCCGUCGCCGCACUCGUGGCUUUCGCCCCGGCCGCUCAAGCUGCCGACGACCGCGUCAUUGCCGACUUCAAGGGAGGAAAUGGAGACGAGUUUUGCAACUCUUGGAGGUGCAACUGCAUCAACGUGAGUAUUGAUUUGCCUGGUGUCUUUGGGCCCUCGGCGCGGAACACGAUGCCUGGUCGUUGCGCCAUGUCGAUGGCACCUCGCGAUCGGCGCAAAAGAAUGAUCCCCCCACCCCCUCGCGCCAACAUCCGACUGAAUUCAUGCGCUUCUAUUUCUCAUCCUCUCCACCUUCCCCCUUUAGUACGUGCCCAAGAACAAGAAGCUCUCCUUCCAGACCGCUUACUGUCAAAAGGGAGACUUUAGCGGCAACUUUCCCGACUCCAAGGCGCGCGUCUUCUGCUCCUUCACCGACGGUAGCAAGACCACAACCGUGACCAAGCACGUCGCUGCCGCUACCUUUGCCACGCUCGAGUAG